AUGGCAGAGCCGACUAUAGCGGAGAUCGAAGAGCGCAUCAACCUGCUCUACCAAGUGGGCAAUCCGCAGGUCAUCAAGGAAACUGAUGCGUUUCUGACUACUCUGCAACGAUCUGACCGAGGGUGGGAGAUCGCAGACGCACUGAUGCAUAGCGAAGAUGACAAGGUGCAGUACUACGGCGCGCUGACAUUUACGGUCAAGCUGAACCAGGAUGGGGACAAGCUGGAUGAAAACCAGUCUUCCCUUCUUCUAUCUACUCUCAUGUCAUGGCUUCUUCGACUAGAGAAGACUAGUCAGAGUAAGGUUGUAGCCACCAAGUUUUGUUCCACGCUCGCGAACUACUUUUGCAAGCCGACGUCGUCGUGGACGAAGUGCAUUCACACACUUGCCUGCUCUUUCUACAAGGGCACUCAGGUCCCAGAGGAGUCUAUUGACAAAUUUCUAUCAAUAUGGGAGCUUCUGCCUUCCCUGACCGACGGCCAAAUUUACUAUCUUCUAUUGUUCGCUAUGGACCUUGCAGAAGCAGCGAAAAGCUUAUCCCAACAGCAGCAUGAGACGCUCCACAAUCGAAUGGCAUCAAACACGGUCGACAUAGAAGCACUGCUUCAUGAAUCCCUGCGUCGUGGCCAAGAAGUGGUGUGCAUGCGAGACGAGAUCGCGAGAGAGGGUAUGCAGGAGGCUGGUCAGAAAAUCCUCAACCAGGCUCUUAAGACCUACGUGUCCUGGGUCUUUUAUGCACAACAAGAAUUCAAAAACUCGACAGAAUCUCUCAAAAAUCUGCGUACGGUGUUUGACAUGGCUGCGCCCUGCCUUGAGCUAGACGUAGACGACGCCAUCGACAUAUUCGCGGAUAUACUAGAUAACUACCCCAAAUUCCUCCUUCCUGAGCAACAGUACAAAUUAUGGGAAUGCUGCAUGAGUCCUUGGGGUAUUGAGAUUCUGAACCAGAACGAUGAUACGUCGGUCACUCUCUUGCGGAUGGUCAUAGCGUAUUGCCAGAUACUGUUGAGUUCUGGCCGUCUACACAAGGAAGCAGGACAAAACUUCGUAUGCGACCAAGCUUUAGGGACACUUCAUAACCUACUAAAAUACGAAGGCUACGUCGGAGAUGGCGAUGAGAUUGCGCCUCCGGUUGCCGAUUUCUGGAGCGUCUACAUCAGUACACUCGACGACGAGAUGUUCAAGUUCAAGGAAGCGGAUGCAAAACCAGCUUGGGUUGAUAUCGCAAAGGCUCACACGUUCCUAGUCGUCACGGAGUUGUUCGAUAAGAUACGCUUCCCUCCGCCGGAAGCGACAAAAGCGUGGGAUAGCGAGUCAAGAAGCAGGUUCAAGUCUUUCCGAAUGGAUGUCCGUGAUCUGUUUCAGUCAGCCUACGAACAAAUACGUGAGCCGCUUCUCGACCAUUUCGUCAAGGUCAUCCAGUCUGCCCUAGCUGAGAAAGCUUGGCUCCAGGUCGAAGCCGGCCUAUUCUGCUUGAACUCUAUCGCCGAAGAGCUCGAUGCAGAUACUGACCUCCAAAUUCGAACUCUUCUCGGUGCGUCCUUGUUCGAUCAUAUGACGGCAGCUGAGAAUAUUCCUGCGGUGACCCGCCGAUCCGCAGUGGAGAUGGUCUCGCAUUUCACGGAGUUCUUCCUUCGCAAUAUGGAUUUUGUAGCUCCAGUACUACGGUUCUUAGUCACUGCUCUUGCUCAGCCAGCUCUGGCCAAUUCAGCAGCCAAAUCCUUCGCUUCCCUCUGCUCGUCCUGUAGGAAAGCUCUUACUGGAGAACUGGGGUCCUUUUUCGAUAUGUACCAACAAUUCCUCGGCUACCAGACAGCCGAAGUUCACACCAAAGGAAAGGUCAUGGAAGGCAUUGCAGCAAUCAUCGAGGCUCUGCCCUCAGAUGCUGAAAAAGCUACACGACUUCAAGAGCUGUUUCAAUAUAUCUCCAUGGACGCCCAGAAUGCAAUUACUCCGGAGAAUGCAGGGACAGAGACCAGCGCUGUGUUUGCUUUAGCUGCUCUCCAAUGUCUGACGAGCAUAGGUAAAGCUUUACAGGCACAAGAUGACGCUGUGAUCGAUCUCGAAUCUGAGGGCCCAUCAGAGAAAAGCCCAUCGAACUUCUGGACCGAAGGACCAGGAAGCACGAUCCAGUCUCAGAUAUUCCAAUUCAUACAGGUGCUCACGCAGAUUCAUGGCAAGGAAGGAGACAUCAUUGAGGAAGCCUGUUCAAUCUUCCGGACUGGGUACAAGGAAUCCGUGCCUGGACCAUUCCUACUGCCUCCAAAAGCGACAGUCGACUUCAUCGCCAGCACUGACGUCAAUACGCCACGCCUCCCCUUUGUGCUAGAGACGGCUUGCAUAUUCGUCCGAUCACAUAAGAGCGACAAAUCGCCAUCAUUUCACGAGCAAGCCCAGCUCCUGCUCCGCUACAUUCUGAAGCUGAUGCAGCAACUUGGACACCCUAGCAUAGACCCCGAGGUCUCUGUAGGCUGCAUCGAGGUCGUCCAGCGGAUCAUCAACACGAACGCGGAUAUUCUCAACGGGGAAUCUUCCGAGGUUUUACAAGCCAUGUUUCAAUUCUCCAUCGAAUGCGUGCUAUCGCCAGACGUACUACCGAAGCGUGCAGCAGCGGAGCUUUGGAACGAUAUCUUCGCUCUAUCUCUCGACAUGCGUCAUCCGCAGCAGAGCAUCGCACAGCAAAUAGUCAGCCAUUUUGGUCCAACAGUGACUCGGGCACUGGUUUUCAAUGUUUGUGGCGAGGCCGACACUAGCUCGCUAGAUUAUAUCAUGCCGCCACUCCGCAAGAUGAUACAAUCUCAGCCUUGGGCGCGUACCCAGAUCACCGAAGCGCUGGCUAACUUACCGUUGUUCGCACGAGCGCCCGAACAUUUCGAGGUUCAAAAACUAACGAGGAUAUUCACUGAGGGGCUGAUUAGAAAUGCUCGUCAAGUUUCAGCGUUCAAGAUCACAGUCAAAGACUUCUCGCAGAAAUGCAGGAAGAUGGCUGUGCAGCUAGGCCCAGAGGUUCCAUAUCUUGGCAUUUCGCCUAAUGCUCCCCUAUGA